AUGCAUCGCGAUUCCCUGAGAUGGGAAUGGAGCACCGCGACAAUACUGUACGAGGAGGAUGUGUAUGUCAACAACCACACGUCUGUGUGGGGGUCCUACUGGAAGGACGGACAGUGGGGCUACGCCUGCUGCCACCAGAUGCUGCGCCUGAGCUAUUGCACGGGCUCGGCAGGCAUCCAAGCCGCAGAGGUAGCUGCGGAGGCCACCAAAGCUGCUGGAUCGGCAGGAGCUCUGGGUGAUGGUAGGAGGGGCGAAGGUCUGAAAGAAGGUCGUGAGGAUGCAGGUGGUGGAAGCAGUCAAAAGGCGGCAGUUGCUGGGGGCGGGGUGGCGUUGCCGUGGGGAAGUGCGGGAGGGGAGGACAUGGAUCCAUCGACACUGGACCCGGAAAAGCUUAAGCAGGCGGCUAAGAAGAUGGAGUUGCGUGCAAUGGAGGCGAAGGAUGAGAGGAAGAGAAAGUACAAUGUGCGGCAUGACGACGAGGUCACAGCUGAGGAUAUGGAGGUAUAUCGGCUCAAAAGAGUUCACUAUGAUGAUCCCAUGAAAGAUUAUGCUGACAAGGAAUGA